UGCAAAGUGAGCGAGAUCGGGUUGCGUCCCCGAAAGACGUUAGAGGUAAAAACAAUAAGAGUAUCGUGAUUGUCAUAAUUCUCGAGGUAACGGAAACAUAUAUAUGAGCGAUAAAAUGAAUACGAUUUUCUUGCAACCGAAGGGAAAGUAUCUCGCCACUAUCUUACAAUUUCUAUGUACGAGUAGAAUCCCUUGCAAAAAAAAUAUUAUUGUCUGUGAUAAAUUAUUAUUGUCACUCGGUAGUUUUAUCGCGAAUAUCGUACAAAUAAUAAAUCUACUAAUAUUAACUAAUAAUAAUUGCCGAGCUACAGUGAUUUCUCAUAUAGCACACUUUAUCCGAAGGACGUUCUGUGGAUGUCUUUAAGAUGUCUGUGCUAAAUGGGUUAUCACUGGCUAAUUUCAAUCGCAGCCAGUAAUAUUUUUCUGUAAGGGAUCGAAAAAUAAGCAGGAGACACACGGGGGAGGCAUUAGUAAUUUCCUCGAAAUUUUCUCAGGCUCCCUUCUAUGAUCGAUUAUUUCGUUUGCUACGUAUUUCCUGCACUUUCGCACAUUUUUUGUGUCGCAGUUGUUUUGACGAAGGUCGAAGAAGUCCUCGAAAAUUGGCAGGACAAGCUACAACACAAUGCUGCGUCCCGACCUUCGGAAACUGUUGGACCAACUGUUUCCACGCUGCGCAUUUUAAACACAGAGCAGCAGCAAUGCAUCGAACUGGAGCGCGAGCAAACGAAAAAGGCAGAAAUCAAAUUGAAGGAUAUGGUCUCCUGGCUGACGGAACGCGAGGCUCAUCACAAAAUGUAUCUAGGCUGUCUGGAAAAGGAGAAUGAAGAUUUGCGAUAUACCUUAACUGACAUGCAACGUAAACGCGAUCAAGACGAGCUCGCGAACAACAUCAAAGUUUCCAAAUUGCAAAACGAAAUCGCAGAUUUACGAAUGCAAGUAGCACAGCUUAGCAAUGAGUACAAGCAACAGAUAAUAUCACGAGAUCAGCAGCAUAAGGACGAAAUUUCUAAAUACAAAUGUCUUUUGGAGGAUGAGACCGCGAGGGCGCUUCAGUUACCGCAAACAAAACACAAUAUAUUAGGAAAAAACAAAAAAAAGACCACAGAGAAGCAUCCUGCCCUCAUAGAUGAAGAAGAAGUACAGAAAACAAAAAAGUUCCCUGAGUUGGAAAUUCGUAAAAUCACCAUAAAAAGGAGAAAAUUGUUUCAACUGGAUAAUGAAACUACAAUCGAUAUCAAUUAAAGGCGAUAUUAUUUGUAAAUUACUCUACACGUAGGAUUUUAGUAUCAUAAUUUACACAUUUCCCUCAUUGUGAUAUUAAGAUAAUAUAUACGUGUGUAUAUAUUGUCGAUAAG